AAUUAAUUUGUUCUGUCAAUCAAUCCCGAAUUGAGUCAAUUGUCACCCAAUGCACAUCUGCUCCACCACCACAAUCUGCCAACCCCCCUGUAUUGGAUAACGUUCCCCCUGAUCAUUGUUUCCACGGCACCCUGGCCUUCCCUUGCAGACUCCAUGCAAAGCAGGCAAUCAGGAGCCAUCUCUCUCCUUUCCACAUGGUCUUCCACUCCCUCCCUCCCUCUCCUACCCUCCUCCCUCAGGCUCUCGCCAUAUGUCAAACAUCCCUCAAAAUAUGACAGCAAAAGUACAUGUCACACAACCAAAUUGCAUGUGGAAAGGGAAUGCAACAUGCUACAGGUGAUAAGUGAACUGUUGUCUGCCCAUUGACCUGCAGGCUGGAGGGUUGGUGAGUUGCGGUGGGGUGGAGUGAACAUAGAUUCCUAUGAUAAUAGGAAUCUCAAACCCUCUGAAGGAGUUGUGUAACAUUGUAGCAGCAAGGGGCAGGACUUCCAGUGUGACAUUAUGGGGAAAGAGGACUAUAAAUUGAGGGCCACCUCUCAGACACCUGCAAACAAACAAGCAAGCAGCAGCUGGGAUAAUUUGCCAAAGUGCAUUUAGGAUAUUCUACUUCACCGUGAGCUCUACAAACAGACCAACAGCAACCAUGACAGCACACACCAGCCUGCUCCUUCUCAUCACUGUGUGUGUGUCCAUGCAGGAAGGAUUUGGACUUCCACUGUCAGAGAGGCCUAAAUCCAGUGAUCUGGCUCCACUUCACAGAGUGAGGACCAAACGCUGUGCCUGCAACAAUCAGCUGGACUCUGAAUGCCACUACUUUUGCCAUCUCGACAUCAUUUGGGUCAACACACCAAGUAAGACCACUGUUUACGGCUUGGGCAGCCCCCUGUCACGUCGCCGUAGGUCUGCCAGUCGCUGUGUGUGUGCCGACUCUGACGACCACACCUGCACCAGCUUCUGUCAGGACAGAUCUAUGGUCAGAGCCUCUGAGAGAGCCAGGGGAUGGGCCUUUCAACCCAGGAAGGAAGCAGCCAGGGCCCCUGGGCUUAAUGAGCGCUAAACGACAUUGUGUGGCAGACGGAGUGAGGAGUGAAGAGCGAGUACCAGAACAAAUGACACUCUAACAUGGAGAGGAGCAGAACAAAGGGCUGCUGAUAAAGAGAUGUGUCACAUGCAGGAAGGCCGCAGACCGGUGGGACUGCCUGUCUGUUUGUCGGUUUGCACCCAUAAAGAGAGGUUGGAAAACAAAAUGUGACAGAGGCCUGAAGACAGACGCUAGAUCCAAACCUUGAGGGAUGGACCAGGCAUGAUGCAUACAGGCUAUUUGUGCAGCAAAAUGUUUAUGUUAGGGGCAGGAGGGACAAGGAUGGUCCAUGCUACUGGCAGACUCUGGCCAGGUAGCCGUAGAGGAGAGAACAGUUGAUGUGUUUAUGCUGGUUGUCUGUGUUCAAAACAAUGGCAGACCAUUGCUGUCAUGAUGGAAAGAAUGUAACAGGGAGAAUAUGACUGAUAGAUCAUCAAAAUGAUGUAUGAGAUAACCACUGUGUUUUUCUCAUUAUUUUGCCAAACAUAUUUAAUCUCUCCUUUAUUUGAUUUGUAUAAUAACAACAUAUUAUGAUUGCUAUACAGGUUAUUCAUCAAGGGAAAUGACUGAGGUCAUUUAAAGGUGCAAUGUUUAGGAUUAUACACUGAGUGUACAAAACAUUAAGAAUACCUUCCUAAUAUUGAGUUGUAAAGUUGACUGGAUGUCCUUUGGGUGGUGGACCAUUCUUGAUACACACGGGAAACUAUUGAGUGUGAAAAUCCCAGCAGCGUUACAGUUCUUGACACAAACCGGUGAGCCUGGCACCUACUACCAUACCCUGUUCAAAGGCACUUAAAUCUUUUGUCUUGCCCAUGUACCCUCUGAUUGGCACACAUACACAAUCCAUGUCUCAGAUGUGUCAAGGCUUAAAAAUCCUUCUUUAACCUGUCUCCUCCCCUUCAUCUACACUGAUUGAAGUGAAUUUAACAAGUGACAUCAAUAAGGGAUCAUAACUUUCACCUGGAUUCACCUGGUCAGUUUAUGCAAUGGAAAGAGCAGAUGUCCUUAAUGUUUUGUACACUCAGUGUAGAUGUGUGUAUGCUUGGGUGGGUCAGGUGGGUGGGAGUAAAACAUACUUAACAUUGAAACAUACGGUAUAUUGUUGUAUUCAAUUCUUGACAUUUUGAUUUCGACAACUUCUGUAUUGAGUGACUGUGUGAA